CAGUUUGCCAGGCUCUCAGGUCCUCUGUCCUGCACCCCUUUGUCUCUUCCUCUCAAAUUAUUUUGUGUGCCCGUGUAAGACAAUUAAACUUCUGCCAAAAUGGAGGCCAUCAAAAAGAAGAUGCUUAUGCUGAAAUUGGACAAGGAGAAUGCACUGGACCAGGCAGAGCAAGCUGAAGCAGACAAGAAAGCAGCUGAAGAUCGCAGCAAGCAGCAUGAAGAUGAACUUCUGCAAAUGCAAAAGAAGCUGAAGGGGACAGAGGACGAGCUUGAUAAAUACUCUGAGGCCCUGAAGGAUGCUCAGGAGAAGCUCGAGGUGGCUGAUAAGAAGGCUGCUGAUGCUGAGGCAGAAGUGGCUUCCCUGAACAGACGUAUCCAGCUGGUGGAGGAGGAGUUGGAUAGAGCUCAGGAGAGACUUGCAACAGCUCUGCAGAAGCUGGAGGAGGCUGAGAAGGCUGCUGAUGAGAGCGAGAGAGGUAUGAAGGUGAUUGAGAACAGGGCUCUGAAGGAUGAGGAGAAGAUGGAGCUUCAGGAGAUCCAACUGAAAGAGGCCAAACACAUCGCAGAGGAAGCUGACCGCAAGUACGAGGAGGUGGCUCGUAAGCUGGUGAUUGUAGAAGGAGAGCUGGAGCGCACAGAGGAGAGGGCAGAGCUGGCAGAGGCUAAAUGUGCUGAGCUGGAGGAAGAACUGAAGAACGUUACCAAUAACCUGAAGUCUCUGGAGGCACAGGCUGAAAAGUACUCUCAAAAAGAGGACAAGUAUGAGGAAGAGAUCAAGAUCCUCACUGACAAGCUGAAAGAGGCUGAGACCCGAGCAGAGUUUGCUGAGAGAUCCGUGGCCAAGCUGGAGAAGACUAUUGAUGAUCUAGAAGAUGAGCUGUAUGCACAGAAACUCAAGUACAAAGCCAUCAGUGAGGAAUUGGACCACGCCCUCAAUGACAUGACCUCUAUCUAAACAUCCAAAAGCUCCACCAUCCCGUCAGCCUGUGGUUUCAAGAGCAGCCUCUCUUUGCUGAACAUUGUCUCUUAGCUCAAAACUUUUUUUCAACCCCUGCCCCCACCUCCACAACUGUCUCACCUCUUUUUCCUCAUUCCUUUACAGUUGAACUGUUGUACUGUGUGUCUGUUGUACUUUACCACUUUCUCAAUGUAUCUGCUCAAUCUAAUAGCCAUUGUUCAUUGUAUGUUUUCUGUUAAAGGAUGUUUUCUCUCUUCAUUGUA